AUGUCUCUUAAUCAAAAUAAAUAUCCUGAGAAUAACCCUUUUUCAGUUAAACAAAAUAAUACUAUCUACAAGUAUCACAUUAUUAAUGAAGGAAUUUAUCCACCAAAGGAUAAGCUAAGUUUUACUUCAGCGCGUUCUCACAAUGGGAUUAAAUAUAAAAUUCCAGAUAACUAUUUGGUUCAAACUAGUUGGGGAAGAUGUAACUCAAAUCAUAAAAUAGAAUGUGAAAUUAAGUAUGAGUUAAAUGGAUCUAUUUUUAGAAUUAGAUUUCAAGAAGACUCUCAACAAAAUAUUAUAGAAUCUAAAGAAUCUCCAAGUGCCGCAGCUAAUAACUAUUUAUGGGUCCGUUUAAUUUUUUAA